AUGACGAUGUCUGGUAGUGUUGCAGUGUUGAGGACGAGUCUUGUGCGAGUGGGUGGGCAAGUGGACCAGGAGCAGGCCUAUUUUCACCGAAUUUUUUGGACAUUCUCACCGUGUAUUGAGGCCUUCCGACAUUACAAGCCGUUAGUCAGUAUUGACGGGACCCACCUGUACAGCAAAUAUGGUGGUACAUUGCUUGUUGCAAUUGCCCAGGACGGGAACUCCAACAUUCUGCCGGUUGCAUUCGCACUUGUGGAGGGUGAGAAUGCUAAGUCAUGGUCGGUUUUUUCUAUCCCACCUUCGCCAGCACGUGACUCCGCAAUCGGGUAUUCUAGUGAUAUUAGAUCGGCACAACGGCUUCUGGUGAACGCGGCAUAUGUCAAGACUGAGGUUGAAUUUGAUUACUGGUUUGAUAUCCUACGAACUGAAAACCCUGCCAUGUAUGACUAG